AUAGAAAUUUAGAAAAAUUGUUUUGAUUGAUUGUGGAAUUGUUUUAAUUCUUUAUACCUAGAUAGUAAAAUAAAAAUUGUAGACUACAAAUAUCAAGAAGUAUUUAUGGCUUGUUAUCACGAAGGAACAAGACGUGAGAAUGGUGACUGCAUAUUACAUGAUACAAAUGGCGAAAAACAAAACAAACACAUCAAUAUAUGAAUAUUACGGGGAUUUUCUCAAAUAUUCAACUACAAUCAAGGAUAUGCACACCAAAUGCCGCGUUUGCUUGAAAUUAGGGACCGUACCUAUAUUUGAAGAAACUUCAGAGAUUUCCGAAGCCUUACAAUGCUUCGGAGACAUUAAAGUAAGUCAAGAUGAUGACCUCCCAAAACUGCUGUGUGAGACUUGUAGCGAGUUCGUUAAAGUUGCAAUAUUAUUCAAAAACUCCGCAAAACGUUCUGAUGAAAUACUACGCAAAUCUAUCAAAGAAGAACAAAGAGAUUCCGACCAUGAUUACGACGACAAAAAUAUUAGCUUCGAAACGAAAAUAUCCGAAGAUUUACCUAACAAAGAGUUGGAAGCUAGUGAUGACACAAAAACUAGCAAGAAAAAGGUGAAAGCUGCAGUCAAAGUAACAUGCCACAUCUGUAGUAAAGUUAUAAACCAGUCAUAUUACAAAGAGCACAUAACUAUGCACGAUCCAAAUCAUAAAAAAUAUGUUUGCGACAUAUGCGGCAAAUCGUUCCGCUUGCGAUGUGCCUAUCACAACCACAGUCUGAGGCACAGUGAGGAUUUCCCUUAUAAGUGCAAUAUGUGUCCAUAUAAAGGGAGAUAUAAGGAGCUAUUAAAAACUCACAUGAAAACACAUACUGGUGACUACAGGUAUAUGUGCACAGAAUGCCCAGCUAGAUUUUUAUUUAAGAGUAAUUUGAACAGUCACAUGUUAAAACACAAGGAACCACAGUUCAAAUGUGAUUCUUGUAAGAGAGCAUUCCGUACUAAGCUUUUGUUGGAGCGGCAUUUUGAAGCAGACCAUUUGGGAAUCAAAAGUCAUCUAUGCAACAUUUGUGGGAAAGCAUUUGGUUACAGGAACGCUAUGAUGAAACAUCAAAGACAUGUCCAUAAAAGAGAGAAAUUCUUAAAUGGGCGAAUGCCAGCAUAUUUAGUGGCGCAGAAUGAAGAUGGUAUUACUAAAUAAUAAAAAGGAUCUGAUUAUGGAAAUCUAACUUUAGGAAUUAGGUUUCUCCAUACAUUAAGGAGAAAAUGCUGUUUACCAAUAAUAUAAAAACAAAAACAUAUUUAUCUAAAGAAGAACUGAUUUUUUUAAGUUUAAAUUAUAAUUAUUUGUUAAUUUAAUUUAUUUAAAAGUAACAGGGCAAGCAACACCUCUGACUUGAACAAUCAUCAGUGAUGUUAGUCUUGUGUAUAAAAGAAUACUUAAAAUAUUUAAAUUAUGUUAACAGUAUAACCUAAAAUUUUAUUUACAUUUUAACAUACCUAUUUAUUUAAGUCAUAAAUGAAUUAUAUUAUUAUUUACUAUUUAUUUAAGUCAUGAAUGAAGUAAUAAAUGAU